AUCAACGGAACCCACACGUCCUCUCAAGUUCCUGAGUUUUUGUCCAAAAAGAGCUACUAUUUGCCCUACGCUUCGCCCGCUACACUAAGUCUAAACUAAAAGUUCCUGAGUUUUUGUCCAAAAAGACCGACUCUAUUCGCCCGCCACAGUAGUCUAAACUAUAGGGCCAGAACUGCAUUGAAAAUACAUUUUAGCAUUGGUGAAAUAGAUGUUUAUGUAACAUCAAAACAAAUGUAAAAAAUGAUAAAAUACUGUAAAAUGUUCAAUUUCUAGACAGUGCAGUCGAUUCGUGCUCCAAAUGUGGAUAAUGUCACUUUUGCUCAUGAGUUAGAAAAGGAUGGAAACGGUGGGUGGAGCGCACAUGCGCACUAGAGCCCUCUCCACUCUGCUCUGCUGUGCGAGAACAACGCAGAGCAGAUUCUGCGAGGAAAGAGAGGGAGGGAGAGGACCAGAAAAGAAGCAACAUGGACACAAACGCCCUUCUUUGUUUCAAAGUUUCUUCUCACUCUGUCGUAUUCUAACUCUGUAAUCUCGAUGGAUUUUUUGCUCGGGAACGGUAGGGAAGGGAUCCACAAACCACAACACCAGUACGUGACAGUGAUGUGAACAUCAGAUGGUUUAUCUUCACAUUCUGGAAAAAAGGUGGGGGGAAGAUCUCGCUGCGUUCAAUUCCCGCGAUGUUGACAUCUUGAGUCUGGAGGAAUUCCUGACUCGCUUGGUUCUUCCUGCCCUGACGCAGUGGAAGCAUAGAAGAUGGGAGAUGACAGUGGUAUGAGACGGACCUUCAUCGUUCCUGCCAUCAGGAGCUUCGACCACUAUGACCUCACCAGGGCGAAGAUCUCCUGCAGCUUGACGUGGCUGGUGGCCAAGGCGUUUGGCUCUGAUGAAGUACCAGACGAGCUGUUAGAGCCUUUCUACAGGGACCAGUACAACCAGGAGCACCUGAAGCCUCCAGUGGCCUGCCUGCUUCAGUCUGCGGAGCUCUACUGCCGCGCGGGAAGCUUGAUCCUUCGCAGCGAUGCGGUCAAACCUUUACUGGGCCACAACGCCGUCAUCCAGGCUUUGGCCCAGAAGGGUUUAUAUGUCACCGAUCAGGACAGACUUGUGACGGAGAGGGAUCUGACCAACACGCCCAUACUCAUGAGUUCCCAUAUGGCGCUAAUAGACACGCUGAUGAUGGCGUAUACGGUGGAGAUGAUGAGUAUGGAGAGGGUGAUGUCCUGCAUUAACAGACAUUGUUCUACCGGGCCGUCUCACAGUGAUGAUACUCACUUCCAGGAGCUGCCUUAUGACACGGAGGAUGCAAUCACCACAUGGAUCAAUAAGGUAAAUGAACAUCUGAGGGACAUUCUUGUUGAAGAGCAGAAGCUCAGAGAAGUUUCCCACCAAGAAUCAAACACAAUAUCCAAGGCCCGUUACAGAAGGGAGCAUGUCCAGCAGAGGAUUGCACCCUUGCUACCCCUGGUGGAGAACUUGCUGAAGGACAACACUGACGGCUGCGCCCUGGCUGCUCUGCUACAUUUCUACUGCCCACAGGCUGUUAGAUUAGAAGAUAUCUGCCUGAAGGAGACCAUGUCACUGGCUGACAGUCUGUACAACCUCCAGCUGGUGCAGGACUUCUGCAGGAGCAACUUGAACCACUGCUGCCACUUCAGCCUGGAGGACAUGCUGUAUGCACACGCAUCCAUAAAGAGUAACUACCUGGUAUUCCUGGCUGAGCUUUUCUGGUGGUUCGAAGUGGUGAAACCUUCAUUUGUACAGCCUAGAGUCUUUGACCCGAAUGCCUGUGAGGUUGUAACAUCCUGCAAAAAGAUGGCGCCUGUGUCCAAGCAGACUUAUGUAGACUGCAAUGACAGCCCAAAAGACAUCAUUGACGAAGGUAUAAUGAAGAGAUCUACCUCCAUGUCCUUUGUGGAUGGUUGCGCUGGGACUUGGCCACAAGAGAGACGCUCUUCCACGCGGGGAAUAUCCUUUGAGAUUCCUCUGGAUGGAGACGCCACAGUGCCACCAUGUGAGGUUCCCUCUCUCUGUGGUAUGACCCGCUCCGCCAGCAGCGAUGGCCUCAGCUUCAAAGUUCACUAUGCACCUCGAGGAGGAAUGAAGCGCCACGUGUCCCUUGCGCCUGUCAGCAUAAACGGACAGAGCAGACACAUUCUUGAGGAGGAUGAGGACUUCACCCCCCGCAGACCCCUGGGCAGGAACAACACGUUUUCCAUCAAGAACCAAAGCAGAUAUCCCAAUGGAGUCCUCCCAGACAGUGACCACAACCCUCCCAAUCACAAUGGUGGCCACAGUGGCCAAACCAGCCCCUCAACCCCUCCAAGCAUUGAAGAGGCACUAAAGAUUAUCCAUGACACAGAAAGACCCCAUGCCAGCCUCGGCUUGGGAAACAGAGAACAUGGAUUCUUUCUCCAUGAUGCACAACCUUCAGGACCUCGGGGGGCCUGGGGUCAAGGAGACGACCCGGAUGCAGUUAAAGCCCGGUUCAAUGACCAUGACCCUAAUUCUGUGUCGACUGAUGACGUUGACACGGGCAUCCAUGUGAGGACAGAGGACAUCCAAAGCUUGGAUGAGGACUCUUCCCUUCGAGACUAUUCAGAUAUAGACCCAGACUGCGAGGCUAUGACUCGCUCAUGUCCUCUGCCUGACAGGGAGAGGAACUCGGAAGGAAGACGUAAAGGGGUGGGUGAAUCUAACCCCGACUCAGGCAGUGGCAGAGGGGAUGGAGAGGACAGGAGCAGCCCCUGUCCCAGUUCGGCACCCACACUGCCCAGAUCUCACACUAUGAGCCCCGCUUCAUCGUCUGGGGGUUCCGCAGGUGGUAUGGUGCGGAUGACAAGUUUUGCCGAACAGAAGUUCAGGAAGCUGGAAGGAAGGAGCAGUGGAGGAACUACACCAGAGACUUCAGAUGUCAACACAAAACACCCAGCAAGAAGCAUUUAUUCACAGAUCAUUACACCUCCUUUACCAAUCACCUCACCCUCUCCUGCCACACCUUCUCCCCGAGACCCUUCUCAUUUGAUAGCCUCAGAGAUGAUCCAGCUGCGGAUGAAGCUUGAGGAGAAGCGCAGAGCCAUCGAAGCCCAGAAGAAGAAGGUGGAGGAAGCGUUCACGCGCCAUCGGCAGAAGAUGGGGAGAACAGCCUUUCUGAAUGUAGUAAGAAGAAAAGGAGUGACUAGCCCACUCAGUCCCAGCUCAGGAGGAGCGCCUUCGAAACAGCCGCUAACGCCCUCAAAGGAAACCAGCCAGGGCAGCAUGGAAAGGGCGGAGAGAUGCAAGCCUGAUGGGGCUGCUCCCAAAUCUCCUUGUGAAGAUGGCGGAGGUAUGACCCCCGGGGAAACUGACCUUGCGGAAUACACUCGCUCCAUCGAGAGGCUGAACACAUCACUCGGCUUCCUGCAGACUGAGAUGCAGAGAUUGGCUCAGCAACAGGAGAGGAUCAUGGCGAUGAGGGACCAACAGCAACAAGCAUGGGUCAUUCCCCCUCCUGCUCCAUCUCCACACAGGCAGCUCCGUGAGUUGCGUAGCAGCAGCGUCACUGGCCGAGGAUCAGCCAGAGGAUCAGUGGGUUCCUUGUCUCCUAUCUUGUCCUCGUCCGGCUCUGCAAAUCCUCCAAGUCGACCCUCUUCUGGCAUCAAGCGUCGUCCGGCCUCCUUCCAUGCCAGAACACCUCGGACCCCUCGGCCCAACGACCUGAAGAUCACGCCUAUUAGCCGAAUGCUCAACACCCCCACUUCAGUCGACAGUUUACCGAGACUGAGAAGGUUCACAUCGAGCCAAACACACACCACUUCAUUUGAAUACCUGAGUCACGACAAAAGCAAAAGCCCAGAGACUAAGGGGGACAAAGAAAACACUAAGGACAAAGAUGAGACUGCGGCCAAUAAGGGUGCAGGCACUCCCACAGCCAAAGAGAAGGAAGAAGAAUCAGCUGAGCCUGAACACCAAGCCCCGCUGAGGAACGGUGAUGUCAAGCAAUCAGGGACUUCGGAGGUGUUGUGUCAGCCGACGUCUGAGAUCCAAGGCAACAGAGUGAAAGGAGACCCUCGGGACAAGAAAGAAUUGGUGGAGGUGACAAUGUCUGCACUCCGUCCUGCAGAGAGCCAAGGUCAGGAGGCAAGUGGAGAAACUGGAGAGGACCAAAAGAUGUGCUGUGGAUUCUUCUUCAAGGAUGACGCUAAAGGGGAAGAGGACAUGGCAGCAAAGAAAGCAGCUCUGCUGGAGAAGAGGCUGAGGAGGGAGAAGGAGGCGCAGGAGAAGAAACAACAACAAGAGCAGGACCAGGAGCAGAAGAAGGAAGCAGCACGAUUGAAAGCAGAAGAACAGCUGAGAAAGGAUGAGGAGAAGGCAAGAAGAGAAUACAUCCGGAAUGAGUAUUUGAGGAGGAAGCAACUCAAGCUGAUGGAAGACAUGGAUGAGGUCAUCAAGCCUCGAUGUGGAAGCCUCAAGAAGAAACCUCGACCCAAGUCCAUCCACAGGGAUGUCAUGGAGUCCUCCACUCCAUCAGUGAGACCAACAGGGGUGCGUCCUCGAGGCUACUCAGUAUCCAGUGUUUCUUUGGCCUCUCUGAAUCUGACUGAUAACGAAAGUAACCAUGCAGAUAAUAAGAAGACCAACAGAAGCAAUAAAGUAGCUCCUUCUCAUGUCCCGUUCUUUCUAAACUCCCCUAAAGAAAGAAAAGGAAGACCUGACUCCGCAGAGGGUUUUUCCUCCUGCCCCUCUGCUGGUAGUCGUAACGGUGAGAAGGACUGGGAAAACGACUCCACCACUUCCUCCACUCCCUCCAACACUGAGUACACAGGACCGAAACUAUACAAGGAGCCGAGUGCCAAAUCCAACAAGCACAUCAUUCAGAAUGCUUUGGCCCACUGCUGCCUGGCUGGAAAGGUCAACGAAGGGCAGAAAAACAAGAUCCUCGAUGAAAUGGAAAAAUCUGAAGCUAAUAACUUCCUCGUGUUGUUCCGCGAUGCCGGCUGCCAGUUCAGGUCGGUGUACGCCUACUGCCCCGAGACGGAGGAGAUCACACGACUGGCUGGCAUCGGGCCCAAAACCAUCACAUCCAAAAUGAUCGAGGGACUUUAUAAGUACAACUCGGACAGGAAGCAGUUCAGCCAGAUCCCGGCCAAAACUAUGUCUGCCAGUGUGGAUGCCGUCACCAUUGCUAGCUAUCUGUGGCAGAGCAAGAAGCAGGGGACCCCUAAAAAAAUGCACCUGAAGUAGCACCACUGUUCUCGCAGAUAUAUAGGACUUAAAUUGACACCAUUAUUCCCUCACGUGCCAAAAUAUGAAAAUAAUAGGCCAGCAAUGCCUGAAAUGAAUGUCGCGCCUCUUAAAGAGGCUGUGUGGUUUCUGUAAGUUGAUCAUGUGUGGCCUUAUGCUUGUUUUUUCAUCGUUUUGUCUGCACCUGUUCAAGAAGUUUGGGUUCAGAUUAGAACCAGACCAAUCUGUCUGAUCCGGAAUCAGAUUUAAUAUCCACAUUGUGCUGCUACAGGCAUGUAAGAACUGUUUCAGUGUUUAUAUGUUUUGUAAAGUGCCAAGAAGAGUGAUUGCCAUUUCUUUCCGGCGAUUGAUUGAGUAUCAUCAAUCAUCCCUGAAAGGCACCAGGAAAAGACUUUUUAUUUAUAACUCAGAUUUUAUUCAGAGCAACAUAAUAUACUUAAUGUCUUGAAUUUCUGUGUAUAAAAUGGAAAGUCAGCUUCUAGCAGCUUUUGAGUAGCUUUUCUAAUUCAACAUCCAUAAGCAGCAUCGUCAUUUUUGGGGCCUUUUAUUGUGCCGUAACAUCCAAAGUGUGAUCCCUUCUUGUGCAAUGGAACCAUCCGGUCCCACAAUCGCCAUAUUGUGCAUCUUAUCUUAACUGUUAGAUAGCGACUGUCCACAGUUGUACAUAAAAAAAAACUCUUAGCACUUCACAGAUGAUUCUACUGUCAGUGUUUUUAAUCAUAUGUUCACUGAGUAUAUGCAUCAACACUGUACAGAUAUAUUUUGGCAUACAGGAAAGUAUUUUUUGAAACAACAUUUAGCAGGUGGAGGUGUGUUCAAUCAAGGAAGUUGUAUAAAAAUGUGAGGCAAGAUUAAGAAUGAUGAGGAAAUCAUAAUGUUGUUUUAUUUGCCCGUUUUACUAAAUAUGCUCAUGAGUUCUUGUACUUGUUUUUUUUUUUGUUGCCUCCCCUAGUAUUUCAGCUUUAUUAAAAUGCAACAGCAUUCAGUA